CCGCAGGUGACUUUCGGCCCCGAUGUGACAGAAGUUGGCACUUGCCCUGCCAGCCCAGCAUUCCAUUUCACUUCAUUUUCUGCUUGGCAGUCGCGAGACAUAACCAAGUAAAACUGGAGAAAUUUAGGAGAUCCAACUCUUUCUAGGACGGAUUCUCUGUUUUUACAGUACAUGUUGCUGUAACGACUUGGCACGACACAGGACAAUCCGAAAAUGCAGCAACCAGUGAUUGAAGAGGGUGCGGCUUACGAGCCUUCCGUACGGAGCUACGAUGACCUUUUUCCAGCUUUGCCCGAAUCCAACACACAAAGUCAAAAUCACAGCACCAUGGGACAAUGGAACAACAAGAUGAGAGUCGGUUCCUCGGUCAUCACCCAAGUGUUCCGGGUUCCUUUCGAGGAGCGUAAACUGGACGGCAGCCAGAAGUUCGGCGAGGGCGAGUCAAUCCAGACCUGCGCUAACAUCAUGAAGGAGACCGGAGCCCACAUCGAGAUCUCCCACGCGAAAGACCAAUCGCUCACUUUCCUCGUAACCGGCAAACAGAACGAAGUCUUGGAAGCCCGCCGCAAGAUCCUCACCCAUUUCCAGACGCAGGCCAGCAAGCAGAUCUCCAUCCCAAAGGAACACCACCGCUGGAUCCUCGGCAAGAAAGGCGACCGCCUCAAGGAGCUCGAGAAGCAAACGGCCACUAAGAUCUCCGUGCCGCCGAUGAACGACACCUCCGACGUCAUCACCAUCACCGGAACGAAGGAGGGCAUCGAGAAGGCCGAACACGAGAUCCGCGUCACCUCCGACCAGCAGUCGAAAAAGGCCUCCGAGCGCAUCAACGUCCCGAAGAUCUACCAUCCGUUCAUCGUGGGGCCUUAUAACGAGUACUUGAAUCAGAUGAUCGCCGACACCGGCGCCAAGAUCAACGUGCCGCCGCCGUCCGUCAUGAAGGACGAGAUCUUCAUCGCCGGCGAGAAGGAGGGCGUGCUGGCGGCGAAGGCCAAGAUCGAGAACAUCUACAAGCAGAUGGAGAAGAAGUGCACGACCGUUUCGGUGGAAGUUCCUAAAUCGCAACACAAGUACGUCAUCGGGCCUAAGGGAGCGACGAUAGCCGAGAUCCUCCAGACGACGGGAGUGAGCGUGGAGAUGCCGCAAGGCGACUCGGCCACGGGCACGAUCACGCUGAGGGGCCCGCACGACAAGCUAGGGUUGGCCUUGAGCAAGGUCUACGAGAAGGCCAACUCGGUGCGGUCUAGCGACGUGGAGGCACCGUCGUGGAUCCACAAGUACAUCAUCGGACGGAAGGGACAGAACAUCAAGGAGAUCACGCAGAACCUGCCCAAAGUACACGUCGAGUUCACGGAGAAGGAGGACAAGAUUAAGAUCGAGGGCCCGCCCGAGGAGGUGGAGAAGGCGCAGGAGCAGAUCGAGAAGAUGGCCAAGGAUUUGAUCAAGAAGCUCACGUUUAUUGAGAUGCACGUCGACCCGAGGCUCUUCAAGCACAUCAUCGGCAAGAGCGGCGCCAACGUGAAUCGUCUAAAAGAAGAAUUCGGCGUGGUGAUAAACAUCGACGAGAGCGGUAUGAUUCGUAUCGAAGGUCAUAAAGAGGGCGUCCACACGACGAAGCAGGAGCUCGAGGAACGGAUACGGAAGUUAGAGAACGAAAAAGAAAAGGACGUCGUUAUCGAGCAGCGCCAUUACAAGAGCAUCAUCGGCGCGAAAGGUGAAAACAUCAAAGAAAUCCGCGAGAAAUUCAAUCAAGUACAAAUUUACUUCCCCGGCGCCUCCGACAAGAACGACAUUGUUAAAGUCCGCGGUCCGAAGGAGGAUGUCGACAAGUGUUGUAGACACUUGGAGAAGUUAGUCAAGGAACUAAACGAAUCGUCAUAUCAAAUCGAAGUACCCAUCUACAAACAAUUCCACAAGUUCAUUAUCGGAAAGGGUGGUGCCAACAUAAGGAAAAUCCGCGAGGAGACGCACACGAAGAUCGAUCUGCCCGCGGAAGGCGACAAGAACGACGUCAUCACGAUUACGGGUAGGAAAGAGGACGUCGAGGAAGCGCGCGAAAAGAUCCGGAAGAUUCAGGACGAACUCGAGAACAUCGUGACGGAGGAGAUCACGAUUCCGCCCAAGUUUUACAACUCGCUGAUCGGAGCCAAGGGAAAGCUUAUCCAUUCUAUAAUGGAGGACUGCGGCGGCGUCGCCAUCAAGUUCCCUAGUGCCGACAGCAAGAGCGAUAAGGUCACCAUCCGGGGACCCAAGGAUGACGUGGAUCGUGCCAAACAGCAACUGCUUGAUUUAGCUAACGAACGACAACUUGCCAGUUAUACCGCAGAGGUACGUGCCAAAGCUCAACACCACAAGUUCCUGAUUGGCAAAAAUGGUGCCAAUAUCAAGAAAAUCCGCGACUCGACGGGUGCGAGAAUCGUUUUUCCGUCAAGCACGGACGACGACAGAGAAAUAAUCACAAUCAUCGGGAAAAGGGAAGCCGUCGAAGAAGCAAAAGCCGCCCUCCAGGCCACAAUCAAAGAUAUAGACAAUAUCAUCGAAAGCGAAAUGUCCGUCGAGCUCCGCCACCACAAGCACUUCGUGGCCCGCCGUGGCGAAGUCCUCCACAAGAUCAGCGACGAAUGCGGCGGCGUGAUGAUCUCGUUCCCUCGUUCCGGCAUCGACAGCAACCGCGUCGUCCUCAAAGGCUCGAAAGAAUGCAUAGAAGCCGCCAAGCAGCGAAUCAACGAAAUCAUCCAGGACUUGGAAUCCAUGGUCACCCUCGAGUGCAUCAUUCCCCAGAACCACCACCGGACCGUAAUGGGCGCCAAAGGCUUCAAAGUCCAAGGCAUCACCUCCGACUUCGACGUCCAGAUCAAAUUCCCGGACAGAGACAACACCGACGAGUACCCCAUCCACGGGCAAUUGAACGGGGAUAUCAACGGCGGACCGGUGCGCCACUGCGACGUGAUCCGCAUCACGGGUAAAGAAGAGAACUGCUUAAAGGCGAAGCAAGCUCUCUUGGACCUGGUGCCGAUCACCAUCAACGUGGACGUUCCGUUCGACCUCCACCGGUCGAUCAUCGGACAAAAGGGGCGCGACGUCAAGGAACUGAUGGACAGGUAUGACGUCCACAUCGUGCUGUCGCCGGCGGGAGUGCAAGAAGACGUCAUCAAGAUCACGGGACCGCCGGCGAACGUGGAGCGCGCCAAGGGGGCUUUGUUGGAGAAGGUUCAGGACUUGGAGGCGGACCGCAAGGACCGCGAGCUGCGCUCGUUCGGGUUGAAGAUCGAGGUCAAUCCGGACUAUCACCCGAAGAUCAUCGGCAAGCGCGGCGCCGUCAUCACCAAGAUCAGGAAGGACCACGAUGUACAAAUUACUUUCCCGAAAAAAGGCGAUCCCGAGGAACAAAUCAUCACCAUUACGGGUUACGAGGAGAACACCCACCGAGCCAAGGACGACAUCAUGAAGAUCGUGAACGAGCUGAACGACCUCGUUCGUGAGGAGGUGCAGAUCGAUUCCCGGGUUCACUCCCGGAUUAUCGGGGCUCGUGGCCGCAGUAUUCGCAAGAUAAUGGACGACUACAAAGUGGACAUAAAGUUCCCGCGUGGGGACGACGCCGAUCCGAACAUCGUCAUCAUCACGGGAACGGACGAGAACGUGGUGGACGCCAAAGAGCAUUUGAUUAACCUAGAGGAACAAUACUUGCAAGACGUCGAAGAGCAGGAAACUAGAGAAAAGCAACACACUCUCAGUUAUCAUCUCGACCAUACUUUGACCGGCAGUCGGCCUCGCGACGCCAACAGCAACGGAUUUGUCGUGCAGGGCGGGCCUUGGGAACAGAGGGCCCCCAAUACUGCGAGCGUUACCGAAUUCCCAUCGUUCGGAAGGAACACGGAGGAGCCACAGACGUCUCCGAUUUCCGGAGCUUGGGGUGGUCGCCGUUAAGUCAUAAAUUUCAGCUGAGUCUCUACUGUGAUUUUAAUAACGUUGUCCGUUUUUUUUAUUUAGUUCUUUUUUUUUUAACAAAUCGAAAACAGUUUCAUCAAAUUUUAAUAGUUACGUUUGUUUUCGCUGAUCUUUGUUUUUUGUUUCUUUUUUUUUAUAUGUGUUGUAGAUGAUCACGAAUUUGGUGAAAUUGAUUGUAAUCGCUGAGACAAAGUCACUGCCAAAAGGUAUGAUUAAGUAGAGAACAGAAGCUAUAAUUUUUGAGGUUACGUUAAGUAUACUAACCUAGUAGUAAGAUAAUACUGUUGCUGGUGCAACCUCUUCCCUCACUGUUUGCUGCAUUAUAAUGAUAGGCCUGGCGACGACACUGGACUCUCGAUAUGGAAACUGAAAUACACAGACGCAAGCUAUUUCAUUUGACGAUAUUAUGUCUUCCCUGUGGCGAGCAGACUAGGCCUAGAAACGGCACUAAUCACGUGGAGAUGUUAUGAUAUUUACUGUUUUAUUUUAGCUAGCUGUACAUGAUCAUUUUGUAUAUUAAUCUAGUUGAUUUAAACAUAUAUAUUGUUAUGCAUAGUUGGAUAUAUUAUAUAUAUUUUUAAAGUUUUA